CCAGGGGCAAAACCGAGAAUUCCGAAGUGAAAAUGGAAACCGAAACCUUCCCCAUCAUCAUUCUCCGUCUAUUUUCCCGUCCAUUCCUAAAUUGCCUCCGUUAGAAAUGGUUCCGUCAUUCUAGCGGAUUACCGGCUCCGCAAAGGCCACAACGGACAAUGAACUCGUCCAAGAUGCGGCGGAAAGUAGUUCCGGCGCCGUCCGAGAACGGCGAAUCAGCCGACAAGCUUGACCAGCUCCUCCUCUCCUCCGCCAUCUGCAACGGAGACGAUCUCGGCCCCUUCGUCCGGAAGGCUUUCGCCUCCGGGAAGCCCGAGACUCUCCUCCACCACCUCCGCCACUUCGCUCGAUCCAAGGAGUCGGAAAUCGAGGAAGUCUGCAGGGCUCACUACGAGGACUUCAUCACCGCCGUAGACGACCUCAGAUCCCUCCUCUCCGACGUCGAUUCCAUCAAGUCGUCCCUCUCCACCUCCAAUUCCCAGCUCCAGUCCGUUGCUGUACCGCUUCUCACCUCGCUCGACACCUUUGUUGAAGCUCGAAACAAGUGCAAAAAUAUCAGCCUCGCCAUUGAAUCCCUGCAGACUUGCACGAAAUUAGUUGAGCUUUGCUUGCGAGCUAAUUCUCAUCUCGAGAAGAACAAUUUCUACAUGGCUUUGAAGUGUGUGGACUCAAUCGAGCGAGAUUUUCUGGAUGAGACACCGUCAUCCACACUCCGCCGAAUGCUUGAGAAGCAGAUCCCGUCGAUUCGGUCGCAUAUUGAGCGCAGAGUGAACAAGGAUUUCGGAGACUGGCUCGUCGAGAUCCGAGUUGUUAGUCGGAAUUUAGGCCAAUUAGCCAUAGGACAAGCCUCCGCCGCUCGACAAAGAGAAGAGGAACUUAGAUUCAAGCAGCGACAAGCCGAGGAGCAAAGUCGACUCAGUCUGAGGGACGGAGUAUAUGUUCUUGAAGAAGAAGAGGAUGAUGACGGGCUCAAUGGAAUCAGCCUUGAGAGAAGAGACGGUUACAACAAUGGAGGAGUUAAUGGAAUGUUGGGGUUCGAUUUAACUCCAUUGUAUAGGGCAUAUCACAUACAUCAGACUCUAGGGCUUGAGGAACGUUUCAAGCAAUACUAUUUUGAGAACAGAAAGCUUCAAUUGACAUCUGAUUUCCAGGUAUCGUCAAUGACGCCCUUUCUAGAGUCCCACCAAACGUUUUUUGCACAGAUUGCUGGGUUUUUCAUAGUUGAGGACCGUGUUCUGGGAACUGGCGGUGGAUUGAUAUCCAAACAGGAGGUGGAGAACUUAUGGGACACAGCUGUUGGUAAGAUGUGUUCUGUCUUAGAAGACCAAUUUUCAAGAAUGCAAACUGCAAACCAUUUGCUGUUGAUAAAGGACUAUGUUAGUCUUCUUGGAGUCACCUUGCGCCGUUAUGGGUACCCUAUCGAUGCUUUGUUUGAUGUUCUGAGCAAGCAUAGGGAUAAAUAUCAUGAACUCCUCUUGUCUGAUUGCCGUAAGCAGAUGUCUGAAGCUCUAUCUGCUGACAAGCUUGAGCAAAUGUAUAUGAAGAAGGAAUACGAAUACUCCAUGAAUGUUCUAUCCUUUCAGCUCCAAACAUCACAUAUUGUCCCUGCAUUUCCUUAUGUUGCUCCAUUUUCGUCGAUGGUUCCCGAUUGCUGCAGAAUAGUGAGGUCAUUCAUUGAAGAUUCUGUGAGCUUUAUGUCAUAUGGAGGACAUCUUGAUUUCUACAACAUGGUCAAGAAAUACUUGGACCGCCUCUUGAAUGAGGUCCUAGAUGGAGCUUUGCUGAAACUCAUUGAUACCUCCAUUACCGGUGCCACCCAAGCUAUGCAGAUGGCGGCAAACAUGGCUGUGUUUGAGAGGGCUUGUGAUUUCUUCUUUCGCCAUGCCGCCCAACUCUCUGGAAUUCCAUUGCGAAUCGUGGAGAGGGGCAGGAGGCAGUUCCCAUUGACCAAAGCCAGUGAAAAGGCAGAAGUGACACUUUCUGGCUUGCUCAAGCAAAAAGUUGAUGGGUUUCUCAUGCUGAUAGAAAAUGUGAAUUGGAUGGCUGAUGAACCUGUGCAGGGUGGGAAUGAAUAUGCAAACGAGGUGAUCAUCUUCCUGGAAACCCUUGUCUCUACUGCCCAGCAGAUAUUGCCGAUUCCGGUUCUCAAGAGAGUUCUGCAAGAUGUUCUUGCUCACAUAUCAGAGAUGGUGGUUGGGGCAUUGCUCGGAGAAUCUGUUAAAAGGUUCAACAUCAAUGCCAUCAUGGGUCUUGAUGUGGAUAUUCGUCUCUUGGAAUCAUUCGCCGAAAGCCAAACUCCUCUGCUGUCGGAUGCAGAUUCCAGUCAGUUGAAAGGGGCAUUGGUCGAGGCCAGACAAUUGGUUAAUUUACUGCUGAGCAAUCACCCAGAGAAUUUCUUGAACCCAGUUAUUAGAGAGAGGAGCUAUAAUGCACUGGAUUACAGAAAAGUAGUGGCCAUUUCAGAGAAAUUGCGCGACCAAUCGGACCGACUAUUUGGGUCGUUUGGAACUAGGGGUGCCAAGCAAAACACAAAGAAGAAAUCUCUUGACCAAUUGAUCAAAAGGCUCAAGGACGUGAACUGAGUUCAUCCACUCAAAUAUCCAUCUGUAUGUACGACUUCCAUAUGCUCUUCUUCUACCCGUACUCGUGUUCAUUACUACUCCGUAAUUUACUACUAGUUUGAUAGCAGUUACUCAUUUCUUGUUGCAUACUUGCAUUCAUUUCUUCCAAAUCAAUCCCAUCCAAUAAUUGUUUGAUUUCACGAAGUUUAAGAAAAAAAGUUGAAAAGC